AUGUUCUACACCUCCCUACUUUCGGUUGCGCUCGCGACACUCACUGGACUAUCUCCUACGGCAAAUGGCCUUGCUAUCGAGAGCGUUGACAAACGACAAGAUGGAUACCACUGGAUCGAUACGUGGACUAGCAUGCCACAGCUUGUGGAAUCUGGUAAUAUGCCACCGUCGCCGUUCAGCUCAGGAGGCGUGCUAAAGGAUGCGACCCUCCGCCAAACCCUUCACAUGUCCGUUGGUGCGCCCAAGAUCAAGAUUGCCAUAUCCAAUACUUUUGGUGGAUCCGACCUCCCUAUCACCGAAGGGUCUGUAGGACUCCCUACUGGCGGCGCUGCAGGCGUCAGUGGAAUCCAAGCGUCGCCAUUAGCAGCCAUCACAGUGGGUGGGAAGAGUAGCUUUACCGUCCCCAGAGGCCAGGUUGUCAUCAGCGAUGAGAUUUCCUUCGAAGUUCAGCCGCAGAGCAUGAUUACGGUCAGUUUGUAUAGCCAGCAAGGUCAGAGUGGAAGCAGUAUCACGGGACAUCCGGGGAGCAGGACAACGAGUUGGUUCGUGAGUGGGAACAAGGUCAACGCCACCACUUUCUCGGGUACAUCGAGUGUGCAUUGGUACUUUGUUAGCGCUGUGCAAGCUUAUGUUCCCGCGGAUACGCACUCUUUGAUCAUCCUCGGCGACAGCAUCACAGAUGGCAGGGGCUCCGAUGAUAACAAGAACAACCGGUGGCCCGAUCUCGUCCUAGCACGGCUCCAAAAGUCCAACUACACCAACGUCGCCAUCUGCAACCAAGCCGCAGGCGGCAAUACCGUUCUGAGUGGCGGCCUCGGACCUACACUCCUAACACGAUACAAGCGUGAUGCGAUAGAGCAACCAGGCGUAAAGUGGGUGAUGAUCUUCGAAGGCGUAAACGACAUUGGAGGCGGUGCGAACAGUGCUUCGACACAAACCUCUAUUGGCGACCAGCUCAUCAAGGCCUUUACCCAAAUCGUCACCGAUGCAAAGAAAGCCGGCUAUGUAACCAUCGGCGGCACAAUCAUGCCCUUUGGGGGGAACAGCUACCAGGGCACGGAAAGGGAGAAGACGAGAAAGCGAGUAAACAAGUGGAUCUUGGAAAGCAAGACCUUCGACCAUACGGUAGAUCUGGCGGGUAUACUUGCGAACAAGAACAAUCCAGAGCAACUGGAUGCCAAGUACAACGGAGGAGAUGGGCUGCAUCCGAAUGCUGCCGGGUAUCAAGCGGUUGCUGAUGCGUUCCCGAUUGAGAUAUUCAAAGCAUAAGAAUGUGAGCGGCUGGCAUUUUUGGAUGCCGAUAUCGCCAGCGUAUGGGAAAGCCAAAACCAAAAACAGGUGUACAUAUCUCGAGACCAAAAUACGAUGAUAAAGUGGGGUUCCGUCUAAACUUAUGUUGUCCCACGAUGGUUGUACGUGGAGACGACGUGUGCAGGUUUCGCAAGGAAUGUGAAACUCCGGCACUUAUACCUGGUGUUUGCAUGAAUCGAACGACUGCCAUUUCUAGCGAAUAUCUGCUGGGGUGGCCCCUCAUAUCGUACCCACCGUUUGCUUGUGGUGCCAUUGCUGCUGCAGCAGGUGUUCAGACUUCUCUACGAUGUCUCUCAAGCUGUUAUCGUGCUUCAGGUACAUUCAAACCGUGCAGCAGCUGUGUUUCGUUGCACAACGCCACGAGCUGACAUCUACGCAAGGGUUGGCCCACCAUGGUGAAACAGAAUAUGCUUAUCCUCGUUGAAUUUGCG